AUGAAAUCAUUACUUGAAGCUCUUUCGGAUACAACCUUCCGAACGAUCACCACUGAUCUCCUCUAUAUUGCAUCUAAUGAAGUACAAUAUGAUGAUGUUAAAGUAGACUUCAAUCUGACGAAGCUUGGGUACGUCACUCAGAAUCUGCAUUCUUCCCUGGGGAAAGGCAACACUUACCUAGAAAAAAUGACUGCAGGUGACGACCCACUGUCCAGUGCCAACCUUCAUGACUCGACUAAUGUUAAUAACUCCCUUUACAACCAAUCGAUGGAUAAUGAAUCCAAUCUAAAAUGUGGAGAAAACUUCAUGGAUAUGGAAUGCUUUAUGAUUCUGACUCCAAGUCAACAGAUGGUAAUUGCUGUCCUUUCCUUGACCCUGGGGACCUUCACAGUGCUGGAGAACGUGUUGAUUCUGUGUGUUAUAAUUCGGUCUUGCAGUCUCCGAAACAAACCUUCCUACCACUUCAUAGGUAGCCUGGCCCUGGCUGAUCUCUUGGGCAGUGUGAUCUUCGUGUACAGCUUUGUGGACUUCCAUGUAUUCAAGAGGAAGGAUAGUCCCAAUGUCUUUCUAUUCAAGCUUGGUGGUGUAAUAGCCUCCUUCACAGCUUCAGUGGGCAGCCUCUUCCUGACCGCCAUAGAUCGCUACAUUUCUAUUCACAAACCACUUGCAUAUAAAAGGAUUGUGACUCGUCCAAAGGCAGUCGUUGCUUUUACCGUCAUGUGGUCCAUAGCAAUUGUAAUCGCCGUCCUACCUCUGUUGGGUUGGAAUUGUAAAAUACUGAACUCCACCUGCUCAGACAUCUUUCCGCUCAUUGACGAGACCUAUCUGAUGUUCUGGAUUGGUGUAACCAGUGGUUUGCUGCUUUUUAUCAUCUAUGCCUACAUGUAUAUACUGUGGAAGGCACACGGUCACGCUGUCCGCAUGAUCCAGCGCGGCACUCAGAAGAGCCUCGUUGUACAUGUGACGGAGGGCGGCAAAAUCCAAACCACUCGACUCGAUCAAACGCGCAUGGACAUCAGACUAGCCAAAACACUGGUCCUUAUUCUUGUCGCCCUCAUCAUCUGCUGGGGACCCCUCAUAGCCAUCAUGAUAUACGAUGUCUUUGGGAAGAUGAACAAGCUGGUGAAGACUAUAUUUGCCUUUUGCAGUAUGCUGUGCUUAUUUAAUUCAACAGUGAAUCCCAUUAUAUAUGCUCUGAGGAGCAGAGAUCUAAGGCGUGCAUUCCGUAACAUGUUCUCAUUCUGCAAGGGAGCCUCAGCUCAGCCAUUGGAGAACAGCCUGGAGUCAGAUUGCCAACAGAAGCAUAGCAAGCACCCAGGCACCAUGCAGAAGGCUGCCCGAAACUGUAUCAAGAGCACUGUAAAAGUGGCUCAAGUUGCCAUCUCAGCCUCCACAGAAACAUCAGGCGAGGCUGUGUGAGUCUAAGGAUCCAACCAAUUUACAACAAUAACCAUUCAUAGCAAUUAAAAUAUAUUCCU